GUCAUUUUUAAUAUAAACAUGAUAUAAAGUAUAAACCACGGAUGUAUAUAUAAUCCAAUAUCCAAUAUAAACAUUUGGAAUUGUAAAAGCAUGUUUGCUGGAGUUUGUGAUAUGAUUUCGAUAUUUUAAUUGUAUGUAUGCAAAUUUGUUCUCCUAAAGGGAUAUUAUUGUUAUUUAGUAUACACUUAAACUUGUAAGUAAUAAAUUAAAGCAAUGGAGCGUGAUAUAGAACAGUUGAAUUCCGCUCUAAAUUCUGUAAAAAUUUUGCGGUCCAACGUUCGUUGCGUUUUUGAAUCGGUGAGCAAUGGUUUGCGUGCUGAUCAUGGCGAGGAAAGCAAAGAGAGCAAAUAUAUUUUGGAAUUGCAAGAGCUACUUACCAUUGUGAAUAAUAACUUGAGAGAUGUAGAAAACUCAGUAGGCAAUCUAACACCCCCGCCUGGAGCUUUUAGUUUAGGAAAUACGACUUACUUAAGUCAAGAAACGACACAGGAAAGACAGCAGUUAUAUGGACAAUUAGUCAAUAGUUACAAAUGGACUGACAAAAUAAGAGAAUACAGUGCACUGGCUGGUAAUAUGUUAGCGGCAAAUUCUUUUAAUAAAACUUACAAAACGUACAGCACCACUAAAAGAAGGAAGACCCAAACUAGUAACCACAAUGUUCCCCCAGAAAUAAUUGAAAAUUUGAUUACCAGUAUCGAUAGAUUAUUUACUGAUGUGACUAUUACUGCAAAGAGACCAUUUGUUCCAAACCCACUAAUACAAGUAGCUUUAGGACGAGUUUUAAGAGCAGUAAUUGCUUUUAAAGGGUUGAUGAUUGAGUGGGUGGUAGUUAAGGCAUUAUCCGAGGACAAUGAUUUAUGGACCGAAUCUCGUUACAAAGUUUUUCGGAAGGUAACUGAAAAUUGUCACGCUGCUAUGUGCCAUUUUCAUUCCCCAAUGAUGCCAGAAUUAGCUGUAAGAUCAUUUAUGCAUUGGUUUCACAGUUACAUUACUUUAUUCAGUGCUCCCUGUAAAAGAUGUUCAAAGCAUUUGCAGAGUAAUUUGCCCCCUACAUGGAGAGAUUUGAGAUCUUUAGAACCAUACCAUGAAGAAUGUAAAUAGCAGUUUUAAGUAAAAUUAAUUUAAGGAAUGUAUGUUGUAUCACUGUUAAUAAUACACACUUGCAGAAAUUUACAACCUUUAUUACUUA